AUGGCAGCACAACCACCCACAGUCAACGUGGCCGACCCAGGCACGGCAGAGGAAACAAAGUUCCAGUCGUCGCACGACGGCCUCGAGUUUCGCACCCGAAAGUGGCUGCCCUCGACGAUUGCCUCGAAGCCGCCACGGGCCGCCGUCGUCUUUGUGCACGGCUUCAUCGAGCACGUCGGGCGCUACAACCACGUCUUUCCCUCAUUUGCCCAGGCAAACAUCUACGUCGUCGCUUUCGACCAGCGCGGCUUUGGCGAGACGUGGAGCAAGCACAAGGAGGCCAAGAAGCAGCAUGGCAACACGACGUGGAAGCAGCAAUUCGAGGACCUCGCGGACCUCAUCAAGCUGCAGCGCAAGGAGCUCGACGACAAGUUCGGAAAGGACGUCGUUCCUAUCUUCCUCAUGGGCCACAGCAUGGGAGGCGGCAUCUCGUUUGCGUUCAUGACCCGCGACGGCACCGCUGACGGCGGACCAGCGCAGGAGACCAAGGACAUGAUAAAGGGUGUCAUCAUGUCGAGCCCCUGGAUUACCCUCACCCACCCCCCUCCGGGAUUCCUGGUGCCACUGUUGAGGGGCGUGCUUAAGAUAUACCCCAACAUGCCCUGGUUUGCUGAGGUGGCGCCCAGGGAGCUGUCCAAGGACCCCGAGGUGGUCAAGUGGACCCAGGAGGACCCGCUCUGCGAUGGCCACGUGUACCUCAAGGCCAUCCUCGGACCCAUCACGGGUGGACCGACGUUCCUCACCGAGGGCUACAAGCGCUGGCCCAAGGAUGUGCCCAUCCUCGUCAGCCACGGCGACGCGGAUCCCGUGACGAACCCAAAGGCGAGCAAGGAGCUCGAGUCGAAGCUCGACGCAACCGACAAGGAGUACAAGUCCUGGCCCGGAUACCUCCACGAGGGAUGGCACGAGCAGGGCAACGAGAAGGUCGAAUACAUCAACUAUCUCGUCCAGUGGAUCGUCGCACGCACGUCGGAGAAGCCUCAGGAAUCGUGA